CCGCUUGCCCAGGCACUUGUUGAUGAGCGUUGCAUGAACUUAUCAGAAAAAGAAGUUAUGGAUCUCUUUGAAAAAAUGAUGGAAGACAUGAAUCUAAAUGAAGAACGUAAAGCUCCUCUAAGAGAUAAAGACUUGACCACAAAACGUGAGAUGGUUGUCCAGUACAUUUCUGCAACUGCCAAAUCUGGUGGGCUGAAAAACAGCAAGCAUGAAUGCACACUGUCCUCGCAAGAAUAUAUUCACGAACUGCGAUCUGGAAUUUCAGAGGAGAAGCUUCUUAAUUGUCUAGAGUCGUUGAGAGUGUCUCUCACUAGCAAUCCAGUCAGCUGGGUUAACAAUUUUGGACAUGAAGGUCUUGGACUUCUGUUGGAUGUAUUGGAAAAGCUUCUGGACAAGAAACAGCAAGAAGGUAUUGAUAAGAAGAAUCAACAUAAACUUAUCCAGUGCCUCAAAGCAUUUAUGAACAAUAAAUAUGGAUUGCAAAGGAUUUUAGGAGAUGAAAGAAGUCUUUUGCUGUUAUCAAGAGCAAUUGAUCCAAAGCAACCACAUAUGAUGACUGAAACGGUGAAAAUACUUUCUGCUAUCUGCAUUGUUGGAGAGGAAAAUAUUUUGGACAAGCUUUUAGGUGCUAUAACAACUGCUGCUGAAAGGCACAAUAGGGAACGUUUUUCUCAGAUUGUUGAAGGACUGGAAAACCAUGAAUUCUUACAGCUGCAGGUAGCAUGUAUGCAACUCAUCAAUGCCCUUGUUACAUCUCCAGAAGAUCUUGAUUUCAGGAUACACUUGAGAAAUGAGUUUUUACGUUGUGGCCUGAAGAAAAUACUGCCUGGCUUGAAAGAUAAGGAUAAUGAAGAGCUUGAUAUUCAGCUGAAAGUGUUUGAUGAGAACAAAGAGGAAGACUUAAUUGAACUGUCACAUCGCCUCAAUGACAUCAGAGCUGAAAUGGAUGAUGUGAAUGAAGUAUUUCAUCUGCUGUAUAAUAUGUUGAAAGAUACUUCCUCUGAAAAUUACUUCUUAUCAAUUCUCCAACACUUCCUUCUCAUCAGGAGUGAUUACUAUGUCCGACCACAGUAUUACAAGAUAAUAGAAGAAUGCGUAUCACAGAUAGUAUUGCACUGCAGUGGCAUGGACCCGGAUUUUAAAUGCAGAGGAAGAAUGGACGUGGAUUUUACUCAUCUUAUUGAUGCAUGUGUGGAUAAAGCUAAAGUAGAAGAGAGUGAAAAGAAAGCAGCAGAAUUUUCCAGAAAGUUUGAUGAAGAGUUCACAGCUCGACAAGAGGCACAAGCAGAGCUUCAGAAACGAGAAGAGAAAAUCAAAGAACUUGAAACAGAAAUCAAACAGCUACGAACCCAGGUAAUAAAACUAAGUCACAGUAAGUUCCACAGCCUGACAGGUCAACUGGCAGAAGUAGCACCAUUACCUCCAUCCCUACCAAGUGAGAAUGUGCCACCACCUCCAGCGCCUCCGCUACCUGGUGGAGCAAUACCUCCUCCUCCUCCGCCACCUCCACUACCUGGUGGAGUAAUACCUCCGCCACCUCCGCUACCUCCGCUACCUGGUGGCGUAAUACCUCCGCCACCUCCGCUACCUGCUCUUGGAGGUGUUCCUUUUGCUCCCUUUCUGGUGACACCAGCAUUACCACAUGGCAUGAAGGAGAAGAAAAAGUAUAACCUGGAAGUCUCAAUGAAGAGAAUCAACUGGUCAAAGAUUGAGCCUCAAGAAAUAGCAGAAAACAGCUUUUGGGUAAAAGCUGAAGAAGAUAAAUUUGAAAACCCAGAACUGUUUGCAAAAUUGGCGCUUACCUUUGGAACACAAAUGAAAGCUAAAAAAGCAGUAGAAGAUUCAGAAGAAAAGAAAAUAGUUCAGUCUAAGAAAAGGAUUAAAGAAUUAAGAAUUUUGGAUGGAAAAACUGCUCAAAAUUUAUCCAUAUUUUUGGGUUCUUUCCGAUUGCCUUAUGAAGAAAUAAAAAAUAUCGUUUUAGAGGUUGACGAAGAGAAGCUGAGUGAAUCCUUGAUUCAGAACCUAGUGAAGAAUCUUCCUGAGCAGAAAGAACUCAAUGCCUUAGCUGAAUUAAAGGAUGAAUAUAAUGAUCUUGCUGAACCAGAACAAUUUGGAGUUGUG